AUGCCCAACAUUCCACCCACUUCACAAAGUUCAACAUCCACCUCUUCCUUCCCAGACACACCCCUUCGAACUCCCCCUUCCGACCCUUCAUCGUCAUCUCCAUUGAUAGUGGACGUCUCGCACGCACCGGUAUUUGCAGAUGCUAUAACUCAGGUCAAAGAAGAGACAGAGGUGCCUGUCGCCUCCGCACCUCAUAUCACGGCUGUGGUGGACAGUUUGGAAGAUUUAGAACAUUUGGUGUUAAGUGAUGAUCCCGAACAUCCUGCCAAUAUGAUCCCCGAGCUCUGUCGAGAAUUCUACAAACUCGGUUGGGUAACAGGUACAGGAGGUGGAAUCUCCAUACGUCUCAACGAUCAUGUCUUCUUAGCUCCUUCAGGUGUUCAAAAAGAACGUAUACUCCCCGAACAUAUCUUCGUCCUUCCUUUUUCACAAUCUUCCAUCCCUCGUCCCGGUUCAAAGAGAGAUAUGCUUCGAAUCCCUAAGAAACUCGGUCUGAAGGAAAGCGCAUGUACACCAUUAUUCUGGAACGCAUUCACCAUGAGAAACGCUGGAGCUUGUAUACAUACACAUUCACAACAUGCCGUAUUACUCACUUUGUUAUUGGGUAAAAAAGCGGAAAGCUUCAAGAUGAGUCAUCAGGAGAUGAUAAAAGGUGUGAGAAUAGGUGGGGUGGGGAAGACUUUGAGGUUUUUUGAUACGCUCGAAAUACCGAUUAUUGAGAAUACGGCGGAUGAAGAGGAUUUAACGGAUGGCAUGGCGGAGGCCAUGAGGAAGUAUCCUGACGCACCCGCGAUACUGGUCAGAAGACAUGGCGUUUACGUUUGGGGAAACACAUGGGAACAAGCAAAGACUCAAGCGGAAUGUUUAGACUAUUUGUUCGAAAUUGCUACGAAAAUGCUCUCUCUCCAUCUCCCUCUGGUCGGAGACGAUUAG